AUGUGGUUUUCUUAUUUUAUUUUGGUUCCCUAUAUUAGCAAGCUGCUUAUACCUGGACAUGCAAUCACGGGUGAAACGUAUACACAACAACCGGAAGGAGAAAAACUCGAAGAGUUGGGCUGGGAAACUCUCCCGCGCCCGCCAUAUUCUCCGGAUAUUUCUCCUUCGGAUUACCAUUUAUUUCGCUCAAUCCGAAACCAUUUGGCUGGAAACAAGUUCAAAGAUGUUCAAGAGGUCGAAAAAUGGUUAGCCGACUUCCUUGCCAUAAAACAAGCCAAUUUUUACGCCGAGGGAAUUCAUUCUUUGCAUGGAAGAUGGAAACAAAUAUUGUUAACAAAUGGUGAAUAUAUUGUUGAU